CGGAUGGCGGCCCGCUAAGUUGGCCGCAGCCCCGGGCCGAGCGGCGGCCAGCCCACAGGGCGCCCCUGCGCAGCCCGGGCCGGGCCAUGGCCCGCGCGCCCCGCGGGGCCCAGGGCGGCGGGGCGCGACUCCUCCGGGCCCCCGGGCCGCGUCUCUAGCGCGCCCCUCCCGGGCCCGGGCCUGGCCCCGCGCACGCGUGGGAAAGUUGGCCUGGAACCGGCCCGACCAGUUCCGCCCGGGCGCGCGGGCCGGCCGCAGGAAGUUGCUGCAAAACUUUUUUGGGGGGUGCAGCCGGUGCCCCCCGCGCGCCGGGCCCGGAUGCGCGCCGGGUAGGGUCCCCCGGGCCGAGCGGGGUGCGUGGAGGGAAGAGCGCAGAGGGGGCGCCCCGGCCCCGCUGCCCUGGGGCUAUGGCCAUGGUGACCGGCGGCUGGGGCGGCCCUGGCGGCGACACAAACGGCGUGGACAAGGCGGGCGGCUACCCGCGCGCCGCCGAGGAGGACUCGGCCUCGCCCCCGGGGGCUGCCAGCGACGCCGAGCCGGGCGACGAGGAGCGGCCGGGGCUGCAGGUGGACUGCGUGGUGUGCGGCGACAAGUCGAGCGGCAAGCACUACGGCGUCUUCACCUGCGAGGGCUGCAAGAGCUUCUUCAAGCGGAGCGUCCGCCGCAACCUCAGCUACACCUGCCGGUCCAACCGUGACUGCCAGAUCGACCAGCAUCACCGGAACCAGUGUCAGUACUGCCGCCUCAAGAAGUGCUUCCGGGUGGGCAUGAGGAAGGAAGCGGUGCAGCGCGGCCGCAUCCCGCACUCGCUGCCCGGCGCCGCGGCCGCCGCCUCGGGCAGCCCCCCGGGCUCGGCGCUGGCGGCGGCGGGCGGCGACCUGUUCCCGGGGCAGCCGGUGUCGGAGCUGAUCGCGCAGCUGCUGCGCGCCGAGCCCUACCCCGCGGCGGCCGGCCGCUUCGGCGCGGGGGGCGGCGCGGCGGGCGCCGUGCUGGGCAUCGACAACGUGUGCGAGCUGGCGGCGCGGCUGCUCUUCAGCACGGUGGAGUGGGCGCGCCACGCGCCCUUCUUCCCCGAGCUGCCGGUGGCCGACCAGGUGGCGCUGCUGCGCCUCAGCUGGAGCGAGCUGUUCGUGCUGAACGCGGCGCAGGCGGCGCUGCCGCUGCACACCGCGCCGCUGCUGGCCGCCGCGGGGCUGCACGCCGCGCCCAUGGCCGCCGAGCGCGCCGUGGCCUUCAUGGACCAGGUGCGCGCCUUCCAGGAGCAGGUGGACAAGCUGGGCCGCCUGCAGGUGGACUCGGCCGAGUACGGCUGCCUCAAGGCCAUCGCGCUCUUCACGCCAGAUGCCUGCGGCCUCUCGGACCCGGCCCACGUGGAGAGCCUGCAGGAGAAGGCGCAGGUGGCCCUCACCGAGUACGUGCGCGCCCAGUACCCGUCGCAGCCGCAGCGCUUCGGGCGCCUGCUGCUGCGCCUGCCCGCGCUGCGCGCCGUGCCCGCCUCGCUCAUCUCCCAGCUGUUCUUCAUGCGCCUGGUGGGCAAGACGCCCAUCGAGACGCUCAUCCGCGACAUGCUGCUGUCGGGAAGCACCUUCAACUGGCCCUACGGCUCGGGCCAGUGACUGCGGCGGGCCGUGCGCCGCGGACCUCCAGGGACCCGGGUGCCGCGGCUUCGAGGCGCCGCCCAGGGCGCAGGGCCCUGGCCUCUCUCCCUCGGACUCCUGCUUUUUUUUAAAGACUGUGAAAUGUUUUGUCUUUUCUGUUUUUUAAAUGAUGACGAAACCAAAAAGAGACGGAUCGUCCAGGCGCUGGCUCUCGUCCUUUCCAGAAGCGCCCAGGCCGGGGCGCAGGCGGGGCCGGAGGGGCCGGUGCUGGGACAGCCGCGCCCCCGCGUGGACCUGUGGGCUGGUGGCGCUGGGGGCUUCCCUGGCGUGAUGGACCACCGAGGCCUGGCGUCUGGACCGGAAGGGCAGCCGGGCCGGGUGGCGUGUGCCCGGCGCAUCCCCUGGGCGU